GUAAAUAACAAUAACAUUUUGACGGGUUCUAUCUCGCUUUCCGCAGGUGUAGUUGAUGGAAAUAACCUAUAUAGUAUGAUGUAAUUUAGACAUACCCAUGUCGUGUGCGUAAGUAGUAAAUAUGUUUAUCGCACUUUAUGCAAUUCGCAGCCAUUUCUGUUCACGUCAAAUGUGGAAAUGUGUUGUUGAUGAAUCAUUGGGACAGUGUGGGCGUAUGAGGAAGUUACGAUACGCGGAAGAUAUGAAGUAUUGUUACUGUACGGUACAGAGUCUAAAAAGCGCCACCGGAACCAAAAUGCCUGGGAAAAAAGUCUGCAUCGUGGGAUCGGGAAAUUGGGGCUCUUCAAUUGCCAAAAUCAUCGGGUGCAACGUCAGAUCUUCCAACCGGUUUGAACCAGUGGUGAACAUGUGGGUUUAUGAGGAAAUGGUCUCUGGGAGAAAGCUGACGGAGAUCAUCAACACGGAGCACGAAAAUGUCAAAUAUUUGCCAGGUCACAAGCUGCCAAGGAAUGUGGUGGCUGUUCCAGACAUUACGCAGGCCGUGAAAGGAGCCAAGUUGCUGGUUUUUGUCGUCCCACAUCAAUUCAUCAGCACAGUUUGUGACCAGAUAAAGCUUCACGUUGCAGACGGGGCUAUCGGCAUUUCCCUCAUCAAAGGCAUUCAUGAGGGCCCAGAAGGACUGAAGCUCAUCUCGGACAUCAUUAGAGAGAAAUUGGAGAUAGAGGUCAGCGUGCUGAUGGGGGCCAACAUCGCCAGUGAGGUGGCCGAUGGCAAGUUCUGUGAAACCACCAUUGGCUCAACAAAUGAGGCAAAUGGGCUUAUCUUCAAAGAGCUGCUUCAGACUCCCAACUUUCGCAUCACUGUGGUGCAGGAGAGCGACACAGUGGAGCUGUGCGGAGCCCUCAAGAACAUUGUGGCAGUGGGGGCGGGAUUUUGCGACGGCCUCGGGUUUGGGGACAACACCAAGGCCGCGGUGAUCAGGUUGGGUUUGAUGGAGAUGAUCGCCUUCGCCAAGUUGUUCUGCAAGGGCCAAGUGAACUCCAGCACCUUCCUAGAGAGCUGCGGUGUCGCUGACCUCAUCACCACCUGCUACGGGGGACGAAACCGCAAAGUUGCAGAGGCCUUCGUCAAAACAUCUAAGUCCAUCACAGAGUUGGAGGCUGAAAUGCUCAAUGGCCAGAAACUGCAGGGCCCCCAAACCUCAGCUGAGGUCUACAAGAUGCUUCAGAAGAAGGACAUGGUCAGCAAGUUCCCGCUCUUUGCAGCCAUCUACCAGAUCUGCUUCGAAGGCAAAGAGGUGAAAGAGUUCAUCACCUGCCUGCAGAACCACCCGGAGCACAUGUAGUAGGACUUGAAUGUGCACAAGAGACUCUUUCUGCUCCUUCUGUGGAUAUUUGUUACCUUUAAAGGGCAGUACAGUCGAACAAAACCAGCAUUUUUUUUUACAUUGUUUUUUUUAGAUGUAAUGUAAUAUUUGUCUUAAUUGAACUCCAUUUAUGACGUAAUGUCAUGUCAAUAAAGGAACUGUCUUGA